CACUCUUUCCUGUGUAGCUUGAUAAAGGUCCUUUUAACACCCGCUGCAAUACUGUAGUUUACAGUCAUUUAAAGACUUUAAAGUCAGCCUUUUUGUGACACCUGUCAGAGAUGCCAGGCCUCAGCUGUAGGUUUUACCAGCACCGCUUCCCGGAGGUGGAGGACGUGGUGAUGGUGAACGUGCGCUCAAUAGCUGAGAUGGGUGCGUAUGUCAGUCUGCUGGAGUAUAACAACAUCGAGGGCAUGAUCCUGCUGAGCGAGCUCUCCCGCAGGCGCAUCCGCUCCAUCAACAAACUCAUCCGCAUCGGACGCAAUGAAUGCGUGGUGGUCAUCAGAGUGGACAAAGAGAAAGGAUACAUUGAUUUGUCCAAGAGAAGAGUCUCUCCGGAAGAAGCCAUCAAGUGUGAAGAUAAAUUCACCAAAUCUAAAACCGUGUACAGUAUUCUUCGGCAUGUUGCUGAAGUCUUGGAAUACACAAAGGACGAGCAGUUAGAGAGUUUGUUCCAGCGUACCGCCUGGGUGUUUGAUGAGAAGUACAAGAAACCUGGAUACGGCGCCUACGAUGUCUUCAAACAAGCUGUCUCCGAUCCCUCCAUGUUGGACGGGUUGGAUCUGACCGAGGAAGAGAGAGAUGUGCUCAUCGACAACAUCAACAGACGACUGACUCCACAGGCUGUCAAAAUAAGAGCAGACAUUGAGGUGGCUUGUUACGGAUAUGAAGGCAUCGAUGCUGUUAAAGAUGCUUUGAAGGCGGGACUUGGCUGCUCCACAGAGGCGAUGCCAAUCAAGAUAAACCUGAUAGCACCACCACGAUAUGUCAUGACGACGACGACUCUGGAGCGCACAGAAGGUCUGUCGGUGCUCAAUCAGGCCAUGGCUGCCAUAAAGGAGAGGAUCGAGGAGAAACGAGGAGUCUUCAAUGUCCAGAUGGAGCCUAAAGUGGUGACGGACACGGAUGAAACAGAACUGCAGCGGCAGCUGGAGCGUUUGGAGCGAGAGAACGCAGAGGUGGACGGAGACGAUGAUGCUGAAGAGAUGGAGGCCAAAGCAGAAGACUAAAGGAUGGGAAAACUGGACAACUCCUUCAGCAGAAAGUUGUACUUUGGAAAAUGGAUUCAUAUGGACUGAUGUACGGAAGCAAUCACACAGCCUUAAAACAAUGAAUUUGCAGCAUGUCAACAGUGACAGCGUGUUAUAGCUUCAUGUUAUGCAAAUGAUUUCCUGAACCAGUGGUGUUUCUAAAACCCGUCGUCACAUAAGCAGCUAAGAUCUUUAAUUCUUUGAAUUGUUGAAUCUGCUAAAUAAAAACUGUUUGAUAUAUUGCAUAUUAAACUCUGUAAAUUACAA